GUCAUCGCGCCGACGUGCGCACGCAGGCAACGCUUCAGCUAGCGCGCCAAAGUGAGCUAGGUGCAUCUUGAAAUGUAAACUUUAGGGAUACUUGCGUAAUAUAAGAUAUUUUGUGAACUGAGCAGUACUCCUGUCUAAAAAAACACGUCCCCAUCGUUAUUCUGACGUAUUUCUGUAGCCAUGGGUUUGAUCGAGCGCUGUGACGAGCUAUUCAAGACCUCCAACCUAUAUGAAGUACUAGGAACCACAAAGCAAGCGACAGAAGCUGACAUACGACGCGGCUACUACAAAGUUUCACUCAAAAUUCACCCUGAUCGGGCUCCAGACGACGCGCUCGCCACGGAGAAAUUUCAGGUUUUGGGGAAAGUGUACGCAGUGUUGAGUGAUGCAGAGCAGAAGGCGGUGUACGAUGAGCAGGGCAUUGUGGAUGAAGAGAUUGACACUCUGAGCCAGGACCGCUGUUGGACGGAAUACUGGAGAGCGCUUUUCCCCACGAUCACUAUGCAAGAUAUUAUUGAGUUUGAGAAAAAGUACAAAGGCACAGAGGAAGAACGGCAGGAUGUUCUUCAAAUAUAUGUACGGUACGAGGGGGACAUGGACCUCAUCAUGCAGUGUGUUCUGUGCGGCUCUGUGGAUGAUGAGCCCAGAAUUUCCAGUAUUAUCCAGGAUGGCAUUGAUAAGAAAGAAGUGGAUGAUUUCCCUGCCUUCACUAAAGAAAGUGCAAGGAAGAAAAAGGCCAGAAGGAAGAGGGCUGAUGAAGAGAGACAAGAAGCUGAGGAAAUGCAGAAAGAAAUGGGUCUUGGUGAUGAUUUUGAGAGUUUGACCAAGAUGAUUAAGCUAAGACAAGAAAACAGUGAGAAGAACGUCAACAGUUUCCUAGCUAACUUGGAGAAAAAAUAUGCAAAAAAACCUGGAAAAUCCAAAAAAGGAAAAAAGUAGGUUCAAAAAGGAUUUGUCUAUUAGCAUCAUUGUCAAAUAGAUGUUAAUAAAAAUUCUAAAUGUU